UCCUGAAUUUACUUAAAUUAUAUCGCUCAAUCCUUCCUAUAAUACAUUCCCACUCUUUACUGGAUCCGGAUUCCUCCAUCCCGUAAUAGAACACUUCACAACCACUAGACAAUUUUUCACCACCCCCCCCCCACCAUGGACCCCAACAUGAACAACCUCCUCAAAUGGAGCAUCAAGGCCUCCACCGAAGCGCAGGCCGCCGACAACGCUGACGCUGUUGCCGCCGCUGGUCCCGGCGCCACCGGCGUCACCACCAAAAACGAAUCCUCCCGCAAUGGCCUCACCCCCCAGAUGCUCUCGACGCUGUUCGGCGGGCCCUCCGAUGCGGACCUGAUGAAGGCCGCCAUGGCCGCCCUGCGCUCCGACGAGGUCGACCUGGAGAACAAGCUCAUCGCCUUCGACAACUUCGAGCAGCUGAUCGAGGGCAUCGACAACGCCAACAACCUCGAGCCGCUGGGUCUGUGGUCCCCUCUGGUUGAGCUCCUGCGGCACGAGGAAGCCGAUAUGAGACGCAUGGCUGCGUGGUGUAUCGGAACUGCCGUGCAGAACAACGAGAAGGCUCAGGAUAAGCUGGUCGUCUUCAACGCCCUCCCCACUCUGGUCACCCUCUCCACGACCGACACCACCCCAGCCGUCCGCAAGAAGGCCGUCUACGCCAUCUCCUCGGCUGUGCGCAACUACCAGCCCGCCAUGAACGAGGUCACCAAGAGCCUUCCCGAGGGAUACUCCCGCGAGAAGAUCGACGCGGGAGACAUGGAGGCCGUGGACGCGCUGAUGGACAAGCUGCGCGCUCACCCGGUCGAGGCGUCUGCUUGAACGAGCCGAGCGAACGAAUCUGCACACCAGAUGUGGAUGUGAACGUGAACGUGUAAUGUUGCGUGAUGCUGUGACCGAGCGAGCUGACCCUUCCUUCUCUUCUGUCUGCCUUCGGCGUAGCGCGUGCCGAUACAUACCUACACACAAGCAGGCAACAGACAUUCCAUACGCGCGGCGUCUUACAAGGUACGGCUUGGCGAUUUGAUUGAUUGUCCGCCUGCCUUGAACAUGUCAAUCUGGAUGGAAUAGGCGAUAGGUGAUAGGCGAUAGGCGAUUACCAGUGACGUGACCACGCGGCCUUGAUGGGCACGCUGUGAUGUGAAUGUUGAAUGUGAAUGUGAAUGUGACAGGCUCUCCCUCCCUCUCAUCCCCGAGACACUCGCGGGUGGAGAUGAGAUGAGAUGAGAUGAGAUUCGCCUCCCCGGACACUAUCUCAUCUUACCUGCGUCUGCGUGGCCAGGUCGAAUGGAAGCCGGCGCAUGGUU